GGGAUUUACCUACCUCUCCAUUGGCCUGCACAGGAAUGCUAUAAAUACCCUAUAGUUCUUGGCUACGAAAGCCAGCAUUUUGCACCUCUUGUCACUAUGAUGGACACUGGUCCAGAGAUUCGAGCUGUCCCACUUGUGUUCAAUGAGAGUGGUAGAUAUGAAGAUAUGAAAGUGCACUUCUUAACUGAUCAUGAAGAAAAAACCAAAGACAAGCUUCUGAAAGAGUAUUUAUAUAUACUGCAGAUACCUGUUCAGUCAUGGGAACAUGGCACUACCCAUCUAAUAAAUACUGCCAGACUGGAUGAGAAUAAUUUACCAAAAGAAAUCAGCUUAGUAGAAGACUAUUGUCAGCUAGUGCAACAUGAAUACAAAAGGUGGCAAGAGUUUUCAGAGCAAACAAGCAGGGGCAAUUGUGGUAAACGUAGAUAUGAACUUUGCCUACCUCAACUUUCUCUUGUGGAAGUAAAAUGUGAAACAUUAAACUGUCCUUUCUACAUGUCUGUGAACACCCAACCUUAUUGCCAUGAGUGCUUUGAAAGGAAACAAAAGUCAAGUGACAGAACUAAAGUUCAAGUGCACAAGGGUGAAACCAUUCCCAACAGAACAGAGUAUUUGGAGCCAUCUUGUCAGAUAACAGGGGAGACUGUGUCUGGCUCUGUCACUGCUCUGGCUACAGCACCAAGUCUUUUUAUUUAUAGUGAAACAAAUGCAAUGAAAUGUAAAACACCUGACUGUCCCUUUACAUUGAAUGUGGAGCUCAAUGGACUGUGUGAACGCUGCCAUAAUACCAGGCAAAUUCAGUCUGGUAGGAAGGCAGACAGGACAAGGGACCCGGAUAUAAUUAGGUGCAAUAUUUGUUUUCAAGACACCACAAGGACUUUUAACGGUAUUUGCAGUUCUUGCUUUAAAAGGACCACAGAGCAAACACACAGUUCAAAUUGCCCAUCCGUGGCUCAUCAGAGGUCUUUCUCAGACCCUAUAAAUGGAUCAGGAAGCUUAGUGAACCUGACAGGUUUGGAGAUAACCAGCAAUAAGAGCCAGGAACCAGCUCUCGGGUCUCAGUCUGGUGCUGUGUAUAAUGCAGAAGAAAGAACAUCUAACCAAAAGUGCAGGAAGUCUGGCUGCAAGUUUUUUGGGACACUACAAAAUGAAGGAUUUUGCACACUAUGUUUUAUUGAAUAUCAGGAGAAUAAUGGUGGUGCCUCUAGAAGAGUUCACAAAUCAUCACAAAGCAAUGUCAGUGUGGCUGCAUUUAAAGACAUGAGUCGCUGCCUAGGGCCAGAAUGCAGCACAUUAGGGAGUACAAUGUUUGAAGGAUUCUGUCAAAAGUGUUUCAUUGAAGCUCAGAAUCAGAGAUAUCGUGAAGCCAGAAAUCCAGAGCAACAAAUGCAGAGACAAACAGAGAGAUCUGGACCAAAUCGCUCUGGUCCCCAAAUGAAGAAAUGUGCCAGGGAUGUCUGCAGGAAUCCAGUAACUGGGAGAAAUGAAGAGCUUUGUGCUCAGUGCAAACACAGAGGCAGUCACAGCAAGUCAUCUGGAGAAGACACUCCUAAGCUACGGUGUAGGGCUCCAGGAUGUGAUCACUUUGGAAACAACAAGUGCAGCGGUUACUGCAAUGAAUGCUACCAAUUCAAACAGAUAUAUGGAUAG